AUUGAUCAACGAACGAACGUACACAAGCAGCAGUGCCCAGGCCCAGCGAGUGUAACCAUAUUUUGACCUCCAAUUUUCGAAAGGAUACAAGCUACUAGGAGGAAGCAUUGUUUGAUAUAUCUUUGAUAAACAUGGCUGACGAACAGCAGGAACAACAACCAUCGGAACAACCGGCUCAAGAAUCCUCCCCACCGGCCUCUAUAGACACAGCCCCAGCAGCAGAGGGCGCCGCAGCUCCUACUGAACCUACAGCAGAGCCUGCCGCCACGGCAACUUCCCCAGCAGAACCUGAACCCGAAGCGCAAGGAACCGAAGCGAAAGCACCCCCUCUCCAGGCCGAGAUGGAGAAGUUCCGAGGGCUUGGGAAGACAGCGUUUGUGGCAGGAUACACAGGAGAGUGCGGGAAAGCCCUAGUCCAAGAGCUGGCCAGGACCAAGAUCUUCAGUAAGGUCUUGCUGAUUGGACGACGGGAGGUCCCCCUUGAAGGGGAUGUAUACAAGGAUUUUGCUGCAGAGCAGAAAGUGGUUGACUACGAUAAACUAGAUGACUCUGCAGAUAUCUUCAAAGGGCCAACGGUCGGUUACUGCUGUCUGGGAACAACCAGAGGCAAGGCAGGAAAGGACGGAUUCAAGAAGGUUGAUUAUGACUACGUGAUGAAGAUUGGAGAGCUUGCAAAACAAAACGGAUGUGAGCAGUACCAUCUAGUCUCAUCUGUGGGCGCCAACGCCAACAGCAGUAUGCUCUACACCAGAGUCAAGGGACAAACGGAGGAAGAGACGGCCAAACUUGAAUUUGAGAAAUUCACCAUCUACAGACCAGGAUUGUUGAUGUGCAACCGUGAAGAAUCACGCUUUGGUGAAGGCCUCAUGCGAUUUGUAUCCAGACCUAUCGAUUACCUAAGUCCCGGUAGAAUGACCAACACAACGCUCUCAGUCGGUCAAGCAAUGAUUGCAAGAACGGUCAAGCCAGCUGAGGAACCCAAGAAAAUUGUGCAAGGGAGAGACAUCUACACUGCUUCAAAAGAUAUUACAGGCUAAGAGUUUUGAUUUACAUGUUUCAUAAAAUUACUGUAAAACCGGAAACAUCAACUCAAGAAUAUUUCACAAGGGAAGGACAUCUACACUGCUUCAAAUUAUAUUACGGGCUAAAAAUGUUGAUUUAUAUGUUCAAUAAAAUUACUGUAAAACCGGAAACUUUGUCUAUUUUAAAACCGUUGUGAAUUUUUAGUUAUGAUGAAGUCAAUCUAGAGCAAGACUUUUGAUAACCAAAGUUGUCAAAGAACAGUCAUUUACAUGACAGAACUUAAAACCAUUGUAAAUUUUUAGUAAUGAGGAAAUCGGUCUAGAACAAGACUUUUGAUACCGAAAAAAUUGUCAAAGAACAGUCGCUUAUAUGAUAAAACUCGAAGGUUUGUGGAUUCUUUAAAGUGGUUGCUUAAAGCUCCAAUCAUGGAUUUGCUAGCCCUCAAAAAUUUGUCUCAAAUUUAUCUGUAUCAGCAAGAUGAGUUUAUGAAAGUAUGUGCCAAAUUUCUGAUCAAAAGACUCUGUAAUAAUAAUAAUAAUAAUGAUAUAGAUACUUAUAUAGCGCCGGUAUCCACCAGGCUCUGACGCUUAUGGCACUGUACAUAUUACAAUCGCAAACAUAUUAGUCUGUAGUAACUUUCUUUGAGUGAAAAUCAAAGCCCUCAUUUCUUCACACAACAAAUGAGGUGAAUAAAACACUGCCAGUUGCAAAAUUCUAAUUUGAUGACUGUAAUUAUACGGAUGUUGACUACUUUGCCAACAUACUUUCAGGGGAAUUUUCAAUUAUGAUUUUUUUUCCCACAACAUUUUUGCCCUAUUCACAAUGCAAAUCCCUGCAGUGUGCUUUGAGCAGGAAGACUUGAAGCCUCUGUAAAUCGGCUAAAAAGGCUUUUCAAAAGGCAACAUUUCCAAUCAUUCAAAGUGGAGAUUAGGGAUUUAGUUUGUAUGCACUGUUGGCCAGUUGACCAUGAGAUGGCGCUGUGCAAUUAUCAAACCACUAGGGAAGUUCACUGCACAUUUUACAUUUCAUUAACAUUAUAUUAUGUUCUUAAUUACUAUCAGUUUGGGUGACAAGUUAAGCAUCUUCCAUUUGUUACUUCUCCCUCUUUUUUCGUUGACUGACAAUCCUGAAAAUGUAAUUUUUGGCAAACUCCUUUUUAAUUUUUUUUUUACCCACCAAUUGAAAAAACAUUCCAUUUCUGAGAUAGAGCUUUGUAGAUAAAAACUGUCAACAUGUUGAUAAAAAAAAAUCAUAUCGUCCAAAUCCGAAACUGAAAUUGAACAAAUAAUAUGAAUAAUUGAAUAUUAUAGUACUUCUUUAUCCUGUGUAUGGUCAGACCUGUCAUGUAAAUAUGUUUGUUUUUUAUGUUGUUAAAUAUUGAUAUUUUUCUUGCUUGUCAUUCAUAUGAUAGUAUGUAUGCUUGGUGCAUCUGUAUAGAUGGUAUUAUUGAAGGUCAGUUCGCACGUGACGUGUUAAACCAUGAUGGGUUCUAGUUAUAAUGGUGCGGUGUGAAUACACCUUGUAUUUCUGUAUCUCGUAACACACAGAUAGUACACGUAUGUUCGCAUUGGGCGUUUGUUGCGCACCACUAGUUUAUUUUCAUUCCAACUUGCUAUUCAUUUACAUGACAAUUUUUUUAACAAAAUGCUGCAGUAAAGCACUGCCGGUUACCAGCGCCCUAUGUAAACAAGGCACUAGAGUGUGAUAUACUGAAUGUAUCCUAAUUGGGGAUUUAAUCACAAAGGAACAAGAAAAGAUAUCGAUGAUAUGGUGUAUGAUUGCCUAGUGCUAAUAUGGCUGUCUUUGUAUUCCUCUUCCUUCCUUCCUUUAUUUAUUUAAACUCUUUGCUCUUUCUCCGUUUCUCUGUCUCUCUGUGUCUGUCUCUCUCUCUUUCUCACUCGCUAUCUAUCU